GGAAACCACGUGAGAGGGCGCGAAAUCCAUGGCGCAAAACAGCGGUCGGCGGUACGGAGUCUGAGCUAUGAACCAGCGCUGUAUGAACAUAUCUUUCUUUUUCUGAAAGGAAAACAAGACUAUAAUGGGCCGAGUAUCAGAAACACUUGCGUCAUUAUUUGUGCUAUCUGUUGUGAGUGAAGUUAUUUACCGAGUGUAUGUGCAUUUCUGCAAACGAAAACCGCUAUCUGAAGUGCUAUUCUUUCCCGAUAGUCAUGUGACAUGCUCCUCCGUCGUGUACGGUAUGCAAUGUGCCGUACAAAACUGUGGAUAUUCCCACGAAGAGACAUCGCUCAAACGACUACUCAAUGUGCUAGAUUCGAGCCGAAGAAGGCUCGACGUGUGCGUCUACUUGAUCACGUGUGACGUUUUGGGCGACGCGAUCCUACGUUGCCACAAGAGGGGGAGAAUCGUUCGAGUGAUCACAGACUCCGAAGGUUCCGACAGUGCCGAAUCGCAGGUGGGCAAACUGCGUGCCGAAGGCGUCCGUGUUCGCACCAACAACAGGUCAUCGUUCCUAAUGCAUCACAAAUUUGCCGUUGUAGACAGCAGGUUUCUGGUGAGCGGUUCAUUCAACUGGACACGCCAAGCCAUCACGGGCAACCACGAGAAUCUCCUGCUUACUGAGGACCCACACUUGGUCCAGAUGUACGAAGGUGAAUUUCAACGUCUUUGGGAACUUCUCCAGUGGGAGCCAUCAGCCCAGUCCCCUUGAUCGUAUCGAACUUGAUUUCCCCGAGGACGAAUACGUGUGCAGCCCGUCAUAUCUGUAUAUAUACAUUUCAUUGUCAAAAACUCAUACUGGAUGGGGUAUUUACCAGACGUCCAGAAGAAAGCAGUCAUAUAGCAUCCGGAGGUGAAUGUAGCACAGGACACAGGCUGAACGUGCUUUUAGUUGUGGAACUGUAAUGCAUCUGUUUUAAUCGCGUAAAUACAUCUAUGGCUACUUUUA